AUUUAUAUACUUGGAAGAUUGCAAACAUGUACUGGAGGCAUCUGGACUUGAGCAGUGGAUGGCUCAAACACAUGAAGAAAUAAAACUGAAGGAUUGUCCCCUGUGUAAAACACCCAUUACCAAAACUCAGCGCUUCAUGAACAUAGUAAAAAAGGUGUACCAUGAUGUGCAGAAUGUGAAGAAACGUGUUUAUGGUAACACACGAAAAAUUGAAGCCAGCCGAGAUGAUCUCAGGGCAAAGAUGGUGCGACUGAUGGCACACUGUCCUAAAGAUAUGACAGGUUCCACAGAGUACAGAAUCUUGUAUGAUAAGCUCUGGGAUGAGCUGCAGCAUGUUCAACUGAAGAGACGAAACCCACUGAGUGUUAUGCGUACAGAUACCCUUGCAGUUCAGUUAGAGAUGUUCUGCCAGCUGGUUGAGUGCUGUAGUAAUGCUUACUCAGACUUGCAUGGAGAAUCAAGAGAUAAAGUAAUUUCUUACAUGGAUACGUUGUUACAUGCUGUGAAAAAGCGAGGAAGCAAGAUCAGUGGACAAGAAAUUGAGGAGAUCAGCAUGGAGAUUCAUCGUUUUCACAGACUGUGCCAGCUGUACAAGAUAAGAAGUGAGGGCGCAUAUAAAAUGAAUUGCAGUAAACCUGAGGUGAAGAAAUGCUUCGACACAGCACACAGAAUUGCACAUUCCAUAGAGAAAUUUUCAAAGGAGUGUGACAUGGCGCUGAAGGAUGCCCUGGAGAAUCUGAAGAAGGAACUCAAGAGUGCUGUCAUCAUAACUGAUGCUGAGAGGAAGAUGAUAGUAGGUGCACUCGGCUUCAAGCUAGGUCACUGGUAUAAGUGUCCUAAUGGGCACAUUUAUUGCAUAAGUGAAGGUGGAGGGGCAAUGCAGAUAGGACAAUGCAACGAGUGUGGAGCGGCAAUAGGAGGUAGCAGCCACAGGCUUCUACCAGACAACAGCCUAGCUUCUGAAAUGGAUGGUGCCACUCGUCCUGCAUGGCCACAGUAA